AGGCGCAGGCGCAGUAGGCAUGGCCGUAGCUCGGGGUCGCGCGGGGCCGCUGAUCUGCCAGCGUCCGGCAUGACGGGCUGGACUCUCGCUUCUGCCCCCGCCUCGCUGCAGCGCCAUGGAAUGCCUGCGGAGGCUGCCCCGGCUCCUGCCGCGCGCGGUGGGGCAGCCCCGGCGCAGUCUGUGUGCUCUGGCCUGGGGCCUGACCCCCGGGCGCGCCACCGGACUCCUCGACGGGAGCCGGGCCGCGUCGCCCGGCGGAACCCGCGGGCCCCGCCUGGCAGGUGAAAUGCACCAGUUAAGAACGUCUGAUGUCUCUCAGGCCACGUUAGCCAGUGUGGCCCCGGUGUUUACCGUGACGAGAUUUGACAAAGAAGGAAAGGUCACUUCUUUCGAGAGAAAGAAGACCGACCUGUACCAGGAGCUGGGCCUGCAGGCGCGCGACCUGCGGUUCCAGCACCCGAUGAGCAUCACCACCAGGAACAACCGGAUCAUCCUGCGGAUGGAGUAUUUGAAAGCUGUGAUAACUCCAGAGUGUCUUCUGAUACUAGAUUACCGUAAUUUAAAUCUGGAGCAGUGGCUAUUCCGGGAGCUCCCUGCACAGUUGGCCGGAGAAGGUCAGCUGGUCACGUACCCUUUACCUUUCGAGUUCAGAGCCAUGGAAGCACUCUUGCAGUAUCGGAUCAGCACACUUCAGGGGAAACUGAGCGUGUUGGAGCCCCGGAUCCUUGACACGCUGGAAGCGUUAGUGGACCCCAAACACUCCUCUGUGGACAGAAGCAAACUGCACGUCUUACUGCAAAAUGGCAAAAGCCUGUCUGAGCUGGAGACAGACGUGAAGAUGUUCAAGGAGUCCCUCCUGGAGAUCCUGGACGAGGAGGAGCUGCUGGAGGAGCUCUGCCUCACCAAGUGGAGCGACCCCGACGUCUUUGAGCAGAGCAGCACCGGCAUCGACCACGCGGAGGAGAUGGAGCUGCUGCUGGAGAACUGCUACCGGCUGGCCGAGGACCUGUCCAACGCGGCCCGCGAGCUGCGGGCGCUGAUCGACGACUCCCAGAGCGUCAUCUUCCUCAACCUGGACAGCCACCGCAACGUCAUGAUGAGGCUGAACUUGCAGUUGACCAUGGGGACCUUCUCUCUCUCGCUGUUCGGACUCAUUGGAGUUGCUUUUGGGAUGAAUUUGGAAUCCUCCCUUGAAGAGGACCACCGAGUGUUCUGGCUGAUCACGGGCGUCAUGUUCAUGGGCAGCGGCCUGAUCUGGAGGCGGCUGCUGUCGUUCCUCGGGCGGCAGCUGGAAGCGCCUUUGCCUCCCGCGGUGGCCUCUUUACCCAGGAAGACCCCGCAGGCAGACAGAAGGACGGACGCGAGACACAGCCUCCGGCCAGACGGACUGGGGCCCGACAGGAGUGUCCUCACGACCCGGUGAAAAUGCGGUCUUGUGCGGGUGUCGCAGGAGAGUCCUGCUACUUUUACAGAAUCAGGAGUUUGGAAAAGUCACUGGUAUUUAAGUUACAUUGUCUGAUGAUAAAACAGGGCAGCAACAGUCCUGGAACGUCACCGCUUUUCGGAAUUUGAGUAAACCAAAGUACUUGCUUUGUAAGAGGCCAGAAUUCUACUCGGCCAACCUGGAGAGCCGUUUCUGUAGACUGAGACCCGAGGGGCUGACCUGGCAGUGGGGUGACUGUGUAGAUCUUACUUUGUCUUACUUUGUGCCUGUGGAGGAAAGUCGAGUUUCAGGCUCAGCGCAGCUGGGAUGCUGGACAGACCCCCGCGUGAGCCACAUGGCCACAGCUCUCAGGGUGGGCGCCUGUCCUGCCCCUCCUGUCAGGUGGCAGGACGGCCACCAGAUGACAGGUUGGCCUUAACCCCGACUCAGGCGGCCUGUGCUCUGAGCCCCCAGCCUCCUUUUCUCAUGCCCGCCCCCUUGUUGUUGUGGAGGCGAUGACAGCUGCAGGUGGGUUCCAGUUGGUGAGCGGACUUGGCGAGGGUCUCCGUUCUGUCGCUGGUUUGUAGCUGCUUUGGUCGGCCCCUAUCCUGCAGGUGGAGGUGUCCGCACCCCCCGCCCAGAACAAAACCGUGUGGCCCCAACCCCGUGUCCCCCCUCAGGCUGGCAGGAGGGUGGGAACGCUGGGCCCGCAGCCCGCUUUGUUCCCACAGCCAGCGCUCUGGGGUCGGAAGGAGCCGCCGACCCCUGCCGGUCUUGGGGGGGGGGCUGCUCUCCGCAGCCGCAGCCCAGCCGCAGUGGGGGGGCAACACCGCUAGGUGCUGUCGGAGGAGGUGGCGCUGGGGCCAUUGACCAGGGGUCUGGUGACAGGAGUAAAAAUGCCGUUCCUGCAGCCGAUCUGAGAGAACAGGCAAGGUCCCCUGCAGUCUGCUGGGGCCCUGGGCUGUGGCUGACGGCACCGGCCGGCAUCUCGGGUCUGGGGGACAGCAGAUUCCACAGGGCGCGCUGCUGCCGAGUGUGGCCGUGUUACUGUGGAACAGUAACUACCACUGAACCGUGACAGCGCACAGAACUUGGGGUGACUGCCGUCGGUCACACAGCGGGUCUGGGCUUUUCCUCCCAGCGCCGGUUUGUAGCUUUGGGUAAAGUGGUUGUGUCUUGGCAAGACCAGGGAAAACCAUGCACCUACCUCACAAGUGUGACACAGGGACUCACUGACGUGAGAGGUGGGAGUCCAGCCAAGGUUCCCAUGGAGCCCAUGCCCAGCGUGUACCGAGUUUGGUGGUUUUAAGUUCUGAAUUAAACACAGCACCACCUGCUCUUUGAAAGUAGGUGACAGAAAAUCAGGGGCUCGGUUAGGUGGGGCGGCAGGCGGCCCUGUCCCAGGUGCCACGCACACGCACAGGGGGCCCAGGAGCUGGGUGUGGAAGGCCUCUCAGACAUGGGGCGUGAUGUCUCCGGUGCCCUUCCAUGGCCUCACCUCAACUGGCAGGCUGUGGGAACUGAAAGCUACUGACGGUGGUGAGUUAUUCCAAAGUUGUGCGUAGCCAUUUUUGGAAUUGCAAUAGCAAACUCACACUUUAGGCAUAGGGUUUGAGUAAUACCUGUGGAGGCGGGUCUGCUGGGCAGAGCCAGCGCGGGGUGCCCCCACCUCCGCCUGCCCAGCCCACCUGCCUGAGCCAGUACCCCCGAGUGGUGCCUAUCCUCUGGCCUUAAAGACAGUUGCAUAGAAAGAAAUUGCAAAUAUAUGAAAAUGUGAUCUGAUAUCUUGAAAUAAAGGAAAUUUUGCGGUAA